GGGUCUGUCCUAUGGGAUGGAUGAGUCUCAGCAGGACCUGUAUGAGGAGCGACUGAAGGAGGUCUUCCACAGCUUCGAUGCCAGCGGCGCAGGCUCCCUCAGCCCUGAGGAGCUCACUGAUCUCUGCCAGUCCCUGCAGCUGCAGGAGGCCGAGCCCACCCUUCUCAACACCCUAUUACAGAACCAGGACCAGCUGACAGGCAGGGUGGAUUUUGAGCAGUUUAAGAAUGCGUUGAUUCUGGUGUUGUCCUCGACUAUCGGAAACCCAGCUGAGAGUGAAGAGGCGGCAGCACAAUCAGACGACUCGCCUCCAGACUCUCCGGAGGUCCAUCCCAAGUUUGUGAAGGGGACUAAGCGCUACGGCCGGCGCUCCACCCCAGAGUUUAUCGAGGGCCUUGGGGAGUUCUCCGCAGCUGCCUCAGAACAGGAGGGAGGGCCGUCAGAGGGGCAGAGGGCUGAAGAAGAGGAGGAUGAGGAGGAUGAAGAGAAUGAGGAAUCCGCAGUACCCAGGAAACGUGAGCGCUGGAACACUCACGGAAGCAGCCCAGAGGAAUAUGAGGCUGAGGGUCAGCUUCACCUGUGGAACCCGGAUGAGCCUGGCACGCCCCGUGGCUCUAUGUGCAUGCCCAUCUCCGAGCGGCAGGAGGAGCGCUUACAUGCCGCCUGUGCCGAGCUGGCGCUGCCUUGGGACCAGCCAGCCACGCAAGAACAGCUGUUCACACUCUGUCAGCACCUGGGCCUGGAGUUGAAUGAUGACCUGCUGCAGUGUUUGGAUGUGGAGGGAGACAUGAAUGUGUUGGAUUUCAUGCGCUACAUCAUUAGCCAGAGUCAGCCCCCCACCCCCUCAUCCUCGACACCCUACCGACAGCUGAAACGGCAUCACUCUACACAGCCCUUUGAUGAGAGUGGUCGCAGGACGAGUAUCGCCACCAGCACCAUUGGCCUGCGUCUCUUCUCUACGUUGGAUGAUGGCACCGGACAUACAGCAGCAGAGGAACUGGUGGAUGCCUGGAUGGACGAGGGCAUUGAAAACAGUCCAGAGGUUCUUGAGGCUCUGGAGUUUAGUCUGGAUGGGCGGGUGAAUCUGAGCGAGCUGACAAUGGCUCUAGAGAACGAGCUGAUGAUGACAACGAAAAACAACAUCCACAGAGCGGCACUGGCGAGCUUCAAGGCAGAGAUCCGACACCUUGUUGAGCGUGUGGACCUGGAGCUGCGGGAAAAGGAGAAGAUUCGUUCUGAUCUGGAGAAGGCUGAGAAGCUCAAGUCCCAGCUGGCCUCUGAGGUAGAUGAGCACCACUUUGCCAUCGAGCGCCACAACGAGCAUAACCUGCGUAAGCUAGAGCUGGAGCACAAGGAGAAGCUGGCGGCGCUGCGUUCAGAGCUGACCCGAGAGAUGGACCGGCUGCAGCAGCAGGCCAGCCAGCAGCGUGAGGAGCUGGAGGCCGAGAUCGUCAAGAUCCGUGAGGACGAGACCUUCCUGCGGGAGCAUCUCUCUCUCACAGCCAAAGAAAAUAGCCGCCUGGAAGCAGAGCUGCUGGACAGCACAGAGAGGCUUGUGGAGGCUGAGAACCAGGUCAGCAAGCUGCAGAAGAACCUGGACAACGUCCUCAAAGAAAAGUUUGGAGACCUUGACCCAGGAAGCGCUGAGUUCUUCCUGCAGGAGGACCGUCUGCGACAGCUUCGCAGCAACUAUGAGCUCCAGUGCAGAGAGCUGCAGGAUCGUAUCGAUGAGCUGCAGGCCCAGCUGGAGGAGUUUCAGGUGGUCGGCCGAGCGCCCCCACCCUCCUCACUGCUCUCUCUGUCUGAUGAGCUUGAGAACAAGAGCCCGGGCAUGGAGUCAGACCAGGGUCUGGGGCUAGAGGAGAGUCAGCCCUUUAACAUGUCUCUAGAGACAGAAAUGCUCCUGGAGCGGCUGAAGGAGCAGCACUUUAGAGAGAUGGAGAGCAUCAAAGAGCAGGUGAGCGAGUACCAGCAGCGUCUGGAGGAGCAGCAGGCAGUGCAGGAUGAGCUGAGGAGCACACUCUCCUCUCAGCACCAGGAGGAGGUGCAGGCCCUCAGGGAUGAGGUGGCACUCGUUCUCUCUCGGGCACACAAGCUCCAGAAUCAACUGGACCAGGUGGAGGAGGAGCGAAUGAAUUUGGAGGAGAACCAGGUUGAGGAGCGAGAGGCUCUGGAGAGGCGACACCAGGAGAGGAUGUCCUCCCUCCAGCAUGAUCUUGAGGAAUCGCUGGCUCAGGCCGGUGAGCUCCAGGAGCAGCUGAAAACUGUGGAGGCACGUCACGCAGACGCUAUGGAUGAGCUGGAGAAGGAACACUCUGAUAAGAUCCACCAACUGGAGCAGCAACAAGAGGAGGCAUUUAAGACCAGAAUGGAGGAGGAGAGGCAGAAGCUUCAGGGAGACAGGGAGGAGGAGGAGAAGAGGAUAUUGGACAAGUGGGAACAGGAGAGGGAGCAGCUUCAGAAGAGCCACGAGGAGGAUCUUGUUGCUCGGCUUGAGGAAGCAAAGAGGACACUUGAGGAGGACAGCAAGGACCUGCAGAGGAGACUUACAGAGGAAUGGGAACAGGAGAAAGGCCAGCUAGAGGGGCAGCAUAAGGAGGUGCUGGAGGCCCUGCUGGUGGAGGAGGGAAUGAGGCUCCUCAAGGAGCAAGAGCAGAAGGAGGCCAAGCUCAGGGAGCAGUGGGAGGAGGAGCAAGCUCUUUUGGAGGAGCAGCAUGAGGCCUCCCUUCAGGACUGUCUGGCCAAGGAAAGGGAGCGGCUCCGGGACGUCGAAGAGGAGAUAGAGAGGAGGUUGUCAGAGGAGUUUGAGAAGGAGAAAUCCCAACUUGAAGAGCAGUAUGAAUGUGAGCUACAGGAGAGGUUGGAGGAAGAGAGGGUCAAACACCGGCAAGAGAAGGAGGAGGUAGAACGGAGGUGGCAGGACACUCUGGAGGAGGAGAAGGCCCGUCUGGAGGAGAGCAACCGAGAAGCGAUUCAGGAGCUCAGCUCCAAACAUAGCGAGGAGCGGGAGAGACUCAGCGGCCUGCUGGACAAACUCAGGGACGACAUCGCACUGGAAAGGAGGGAACUGGAGAGCCACUUCUCCCAAAGAAUCACAGAGGUUGAGGCUCGAUUCUCAGGUGAUCAGGAGGCUGUGUCAGAACGCUUCCAGGCAGACGUUCAUAGCCUCGAGCAGCACUACCAGAGCGAACUUCAGGCACUCUCUAAGCACCACACAGAAGAACGGACCAACUGGGAGGCAGAAAUGGAAGCUGCAAACCAAGAGGCAGAAAAUCAGCUGAAGGUCCUGAAGGAAACCUUACAACUGGAAAAGGAGACUUUCACCCAGGAGCUAUCCAAAGAGCGUGAAGAUUUUGAGCAACAUCACAAAGGAGAAAUGGAGGCCCUCAGGCUCAAGAACCAGGAGCUCCAAAAUGAGCUGGAGAGCUUUAUUAGUGCAGCGCAGACCAAAGAGAUCGAGCUCAGCCGGCAGCUGAACGAGCUCCACGACCGACUGCAGGAGAACCUUGAUGCAAAAGACGAGCUACUGGCCCAGUCAGAGAGAAAGGCCUUGGAGGUGGAGCUGCUUCUCCGACAGGCGGCUAAUGACUUUGAGCAGGAGCGCACUGAUCUGCAGGCCAGCCUGUCCGACCUAGAAUCAAGGCAUGUUGAGGCGCUUAACCUAGCAGAGACACAGUUGGAAGAGAGGAGGCAUCUCCUGGAGGAAAGGGAUCAGCUGAAGGCUAAGGUCCAGGAGGUGGAACAGUUGCUCAGGCAGGCAGCAGAGGACUUUGAGAAUGAGCGGCUAGAGAUGCAGUGCAGCCUGAUGGAGCUGGAGGAAAAACUGAAGGAGGCCCAAGCAGCUGCCACCUCGAUGGGGGAGAAGACAAAUGAGCUGGGAGACCUGGACCUAGAGCUUGAUGUAGUGGAAGAGUCAAGUCCAAAUGUAGAGGAAACUACUGAAUCAUUUGAGAUAUGCGAUGAGAAGGCUGAUAUUGUUGCAGAAAUGUGUGAAGGUGAAGAAAUUAUCAUUCUCUCCAAUGAUUUUGAAGUACCAGAAGGUAUAAAUGAUGAUGACGUUGAGAAGGAGGCAUCUUGUGAUCUUCCUGUGUUUGCUGUACCAAUUCCAGAAGAGACCGAUGAGGAAUUGGCCAAGGAAAACUGUGAUGCCAACAUGCAAAUCACAGUGAGUGAAGUUGCACAUGAUGAGGAAGAAGGUACUGAUGAGACAGAGGCUGAUGGCAAUGUUCAAGAAGACCCCACAGAAGAGGGGGAUUUGAGUGCCAACACUGAUGAGAAGGAUGUCGUAGAUGUUGUGAAUGAUGCUGAUGAAGUAAUCUCCAGUACUGAUGAUGGCCUUACUGAAACCACUGGUGACGUAGAAGGUGCAGAGGAGGAAAACCUGGUUGAUCCAGAUGAAGGAGCAGACUUUCAUCCUGCAGAACCUGCUGACGGGAAAGAUGCUGAGAGUGCAACAGUCGCAGACUCACAGGAGACAGAGGAUGCAGAGUUCACAGUUGUUACUGAGAAGAAUGAAAUCAUAGAUACAGACAUUAAUACCGAAGAUGACCAGGUAGAUCUCUCCGGUGUCUCAAAUGUAGAAACAAAGGAGAAUGUAGAGAAAGCUGAAACUGUAGAUGGAGGUGUGAUCGAAGUUGUUGAGGCCAAAGUAGAGGAUGAAGAAGUUGCUGAGACUGGAGCCGAGAUUGUGCAUGCUGAUGCAGCUGAGCCAGAGGGUGGGCAAGUGGAGGUUUCAGAAGAUAAGGAAGUUGACGUUGUACAGGUUCUAGAGGUGGAUGUUGUAGAUGUGAGUGUAGAGAUUGUAGAGGCAGAAGUCACAGUGGCCACAGACACAGAUCCUGUACAUGUAGAAGAAGUUGAGCACAAUAAUGUCAGCACAAGGGCAGAUGUUGAGGGCAUGGAAACAGACAAAAAUGAAGGGGAAUGUGUUUCUCAGAAUGAGACAGAUUCCGCCAACGCAGGGUCUGGGACAGGGGCAGAUGUUGAGGACACGGGGGCAUACAAUGAAGAUACAGGGGUAGAUAUGUCAGACCUGGGGGCAGACAAUGCAGAUCUUGAGGGGACGGGGAUAGUUGCAGAUGUGGGUGAGACCAGGCAAGUUGUUGAGAACAUGGGGGAGGUUGCAGACAUCCAGGCAGAAGUUGAGGAUAUGUCAGUUGAAGUUGUGGACAAUGGAAUGCCUAAUGAGGUACCAGCUUCAAACCCUGAUGCAGAGAUCAACACAGAAGGAAUAGUUAUACAGGUCACAGAGGAGAACAAGGAAGAAGGUGCUGACCUGGAUGCUGCAGGAGACAUUGAGCCUACUGUAGAGGACAUGAAGAUAAUUGAACAGGCCAGUGUUGCUCUCUUCCUGGAGAGGAUGAAAGAGCUGGAAAGACAGGCAGAGUUGGUGGCUAAGCUUCAGGAGGACUGUGCUUUAGCAGUAAAGGAGCGUGAUGCUUGUGUACAGGAAAUCCUAGAGCUGCAGGAUAGAGUAGGCCAGUUUCAGGAUCAGACACGUGUCCUUGCUCACCUACAGGCUCAGUAUAAGGCUGCUACUGAAGACAAUCAGUCAUUACAGCAACAGGUCUCCCAGCUCCAGCAGCGAACCAAUGAGCUAGAGGUAAUCUUGGAGGUAAACAGUGAGAGUCUCAUCACUGGACAGGAAGCUCUGGUUGAGAACUGUGACCUGAAGUCUGAAAUCUCUACCAUGACUGAACAAGUCAAGAACCUAGAAAUCAAGGCACUAGAACUCACCGACUUACAGAUUCGGUACGAGGAGUGCAUCUGCGAGAACGUGCGGCUGGCCGACCACAAUGAAAAGCUGGAAAAGAGGGUCGGCCUGGAGGGUAAGAUGCAUAUCAUUCAAGAGUUCCACGACCAGCACUCUGCGCUCCUGGACGAAAUUGGACGCAUGCGAGAGGAGAACACCAAGCUGAGCGCUGUUGUCCACGAGCUAGAGAAGCAAGAUGACGAGGAUGUGAAUGAUUUGCUCCAGGCCAUGCAGCAUGAAUCCUCAGAUUCUUCCGGAAACACGUCAGACUCUGACACCUUCCUGGAUUUGAACUCUCAGAUGGAGGCCAAAAUCCAGGCGGUGUCUGACCUGGAGGAGUGCUGCUCUGAGUUCGAAAAACAGAAUGCCAAGUUGCGCAGGGCACUCACCGAGCUUCAGGAGAGGUCUUUCCACAUACGCAAUCGGAUGCAAGCACAUAGAAGCGAAGCAGGACGUCUAGCAGAGGAGAAUAUCGUGCUGAGGCAUAAAAUAUCUGCCAUAAAGGAAGAAGAUGUCCGAGAAAGUCAAGAGGACAUGCUGAUUAAACUGGAGCUUUUUAGGAAAGAAAAGGUUGCUGCUCAGAAGAUGGCUGAGUCAUUCAAGAAACAGAUCUCUGAGUUGCGAAUGCGCGGGCUGCAGCUGGAAGAGGAGAAUGGGCUGCUGUCGCAGAAAAACGACCAGAACGCCGCAGAUGUCCAGGAGCUGAGCGUGCAUCUGGGAGAUCUGAUCCGCCACAGCGAGAGGAGGGAGGCCGGACACCAGCGCGGCACACUCUCAGCCAGGGAGAGGGAGGAGAUGGAAGCAUGCGUGACCGCCCUGGAAUCGGAGCUAACCAAAGCCCAAGAGGAGAGUGCUAUUCUACAGCAUGAGAAGGCCCUGCUCUCACGACAGCUCUCCUCUCUGCAUGGACAGCUGAAGGAUGGAGGGGAUCUGGCCAGUGCUUUGUCCAGAGCCCAGAGACUACAGGAAGAGAAGGAGCUUCUUAAAGAGGAGCUGGAUUGCUGUGUAGAAAAGGUGGCUAAGCUGGGGGCUCUGGAAGGCCAGCUCGCCCAUCUGCUGCAGGAGAGGCAGACCGCUGAGAAGCAGGUGCACAGCCUACGCAGCCAGCUGUCCAAAGCGCAGGAGAAGAACCAGGCACUGGAGAGUACCCUUCAAAUGGUAAACCUGCAGACUAGUCGCCUCAAAUCGGACCUCAGAGUCACACAACAGGAACGAGACGCCCUCAAACAGGAAGUGAUGUCACUGCACCAGAAACUGCAGAAUGCCAAUGACAAGGUCCAGCUUCUGGAGGUGAGCCUGCAGGCGAGUGGCUUCCCAGCCCCCCAGAGGCAGCUGCUGAGUGGGGAGCUCAGGCGCCUGCUGGAGCAAGACCAGCAGCUCCUGCAGCAGGAGAACGAGAGGCUGCUACGCGAGGUGCAGCACGCCAAGGGGGAGCUGCAGAACACGCGCGAGAAGACCCGUCAGCUGGAGUCGACUGUGGUGAGUCUGAAGCAGCGGCAGCAGCAGAGUCAGGCGGGGCUGCUAAAAGUGGUGGAGCAGGAGAAGGCUUCCCUGAAGCGGGAGCUGGAUGCCCUGCGCAACGAACUGCUCUCAGCCCAGAACAAGGUUUGUGAGCACAAUGAAGAACAGCGGCAACUGGAGACUCUUAGGCAGGAGAAUUCAGCACUAAAAAGCAGGCAGACCCAUCUGGAGGCCCAACUACUUGAGGCCCUGCAGGUUCAGCUGGGAGGGAUUCUUCCGCAGUCUCCGGUCAGGUUGCCUGGGGAACGCAGAGGUCAACACCGCGGCGAUGAUCAUGGCCCUGAUUUCAACAUCCAGGAUGAGCGAGAGCUGAAGCUGAUGAAGAUGGAGGAGAGGAUGCGGGACGUGGAGCUGGCGCUCCGGCAUGUCAAGAUGCUGCUGCAGGACAAGGUCUCUCAGCUAAAAGAGCAGUUGCAUAGGAACAGCAAGGCUGACGGCAUGAUUAAGGACCUGUAUGUAGAGAACACCCAGCUUCUGCAGGCUCUGCAGCGGAGCGAGCAGCGCCACAAGACGGCCGAGAAGAAGAACUUCCUCCUGGAGGAGAAGAUCUCCAGUCUCAACAAGAUUGUCCGCGAACUCGGACCCUCCCCACUCUCACCCACCCCCUACCCGUUCACCCGUUCCUGACCAAUCCAGCACGAAGGUUCCUGCCAAAUGUGCAUCUGAAGGGAAGAUUUGCGGGAUUUGUUCUGAUUAUUAACCCUUUCAUAAUAUUAUUUUUCCGCAGCAAAACCGUGUCUGCAGCCUUAACUGUAAUGGGUACAAACACCAAAUUUUCAUCUUGGGUCCCAAAUCAGUGCAUGAUUUUACGAAAUUACCCAAUUCUGCCCACAGGGGGUGCUACAAUAAGCACAUUUACAUUUUUGCUUAUAUCUUUGGAACUGUAGGGAAUCUUUGAAAAAAUCCCCUUCCCUCUUGUUCCUUCAGAGCUCCUGCAUUAAAUGAAGACAGCCACGCCCAUUUGACCAUUGUCCAAUCUUCCUGCCAUUUUCAAAAAACUCAAAAGUGAAACUAAUCUAUCUCCUCCUAGACCGUUGAUCUGAUUCCCACAGAAUUCGGUACACAUAAUCUACAGACCAAGCUGCCUUGUAAAGUUUUACAUCAAUACAUUUUUGGGUGUGGCCUAUAAUAAUUCUAUUGCUUAAAUCUUAUAUUGUAAAGGCCCAAUCCUAUUCAAUCUUGGUACACUUUAUCAUAACCAUACUCUUUGGAAGCACACUAAAUUUCAUGAAAAUCCGUCCAUAGGGGGCGCUACAGCUGCCACGUUAACAAUUAAUCAUGGUUCUAUUGCCAAUAUCUUCUCUUGUAAAGGCUCAAUCCUAUUCAAACUUUGUACACACAAUCAAUAUAACAUUCUUUGGAUGCACACAGAAUUUCGUAACAUUCCGUCCUUAGGGGGCGCUACAGCUUUAAGAUGAACUGUUUGAUGUAAACAAGUGAAAUUUGGCACCUGGUGUUAUUUCAUCACCUUUCUUAAUCUGCCAGUUGACUCACUUUUUAAAAUAGCCACCAGUGACCAAUCAAAUUUCAGUUGUCAAUAUUGCCAAUAUCUUCUCUUGUAAAUGUCACACAAUCAAUGAAUGUGACAUUCUGUCUAUAGGGGGUGCUACAGCCACCACAUGUUAAAAUGUCAUGAACUGUUUGACAUUAAAAAUAAGUGAAAUUUCGCCCACUUACACCUCGAGUUAUUUCAUCACAUUUCCUAAUUGAGUCGCUCUUCAAAAUGGCCUCCAACGGCCAAUCAAAUUUCAGUUGUCAAUGUAUGCCAUUGUAAAUGGCUGAUCCUCAUGAAACUUAAUAGGUUUCUUCAAAAUGACAGAGAAGCAUAUCUCUUCACCUGAUUAACAUAGACAUAUAGAAAUUAGUAUGCUUAUACUUGCAAUUUAGCUUGAACCCUGAUAAUUACCGCUUACCGGUAAUAUUUUUGAUUGCUUUUUUAGACUACCUAGUUCUAUACACACUGCCAUGCCUUCAAGGUAUCAGGGAUAUUUUGUCAGUAUCAAAGGUUACCCGGUAUAUGAGGAAGUAAUAAGCAAGUCACUGUAUGUAGCAGUACAUUACAAAUUGUGGUGUUGAUGGGAGCAAAUAAAUAUAAUUGGUUGAUGUAACUGGCUAAUGUAAUUGGUUAUAAACAAAGCAUGUAAACAUUACUGUACAUGCAUGAUUUAAAUGCUAUGGAUCCUAUCAAAAGAAUCCUCAGAAUACAGGUGCAUCUCAAAAAAUUAGAGUAUAAUGGAAUUCCAUUGCCCUGCCCAGACAGACAUUAAAGGCUCAGGAAACUAUUGCCAGUAUUUUAACUUAAUUAGCUGAUUAUAACUCUUCUUAGGUUGACUUUUCUGUAUUAUAAAUUCAUUGUUCAAAUAUUUUUAAAAUAUGAAAUAUAUUUUUCAUUUCCACGAGCUGUAAACUGUAUUAAACAAGAUUAGAAUAACCAAUAUUAAAGCAAAACAAAAAAGGCUUAAAAUAUUUCACUUGUGUAAAAUAUUUAUGAAAGUUUCACUUUUUAAUAUUAUAGGGAAAAAUUAACUAUUCCAUGAUAUUAAACAUUUUUGAUAUGCACCUGUACUCCUGAAGAAAAACUAUACUUGCAUUUCUCCAGGUGUAUCAUGUGACAUGGAGUAAUAGUUAACAGGGUAAGCACUACAUUUUAUUUGGCACAACUGUGAAGUGGUUUGGCCUGCAUGUAUUUUUGUUGCUGUUAUGAGUUUGAAGUUUUCAUUAAUGACUGAAUGAUUAUACCACAAUGUAACCACUGACCUGGACAUUCCUGAUAAUGAGGUGCACUUUACUGUAUGCAGACCAGUAUCCUUGCUAUUUAUUUGCUUGCUUGUUUGUUUGUUUGUUUGUUUGUUUUGCUGGAUUUGGGAGUUGUGUCCAUAUCAGACCAUUUGUAAAGACAUCAUGGACAGCAAAUGAUAUUUGAGAAUGUUCAUGGUGGUGUUUCAGUAUUGCACUGUAUUACUGGUAAAUGUGGCAUAGGCCGACUUCAUGCUGUGGUAGGCUAAGGAAAUGUUCACUAACUGCACACUAGGUGGCGACUGCAGGUAAUGCACAAUGAUCUUCAGAAAGAAUACGUUUGGAUACGCAAUAUAUUGAUACUUAAAGCAUUCAUUAAAUGAGUCCUAACCCAUAAGAAACCUUUACAGCACAUAAUAUUUAGCAAUAAAUGUUGACAGUAAUGGGUGUAAAAUGAAUGUGUUCAAGCAAAGACUAGAUUCUUUGGGUCCUAUGAAAUUACAAGUUUUGUCAACCUGGAAAUAAUACAUCAUACCUGUGACUGUGAGGAGGUUAUCCUAAAUAAUGACAAGCUGCUACUAGACUAUACAGUGACAAGUAUCACUGAAGACCCAUGUAUGAA